UAUCUUGAGAAAACAUGGCGGAGUAAAAGUGAGAAGUUUUGCGAUGCUUCCUGAUAAAUCAUAAACUCUCGUAACGCAGCCAGGAGAUGUAACGUUAGCGCGAUUACAGAUAUAAAGCUGUAUAGAUCUGACAGUGUAUGAGGAUGGAGGCUUCGUGUCUUGAAUUGGCUCUGGAAGGUGAGCGCUUGUGUAAAGUUGGCGAUUACAGCGCAGGUGUGUCCUUUUUUGAGUCGGCCAUCCAGGUGGGCACAGAAGAUCUGCAGAUUUUGAGCGCCAUCUACAGUCAACUGGGCAAUGCCUACUUUCACCUGCACGAUUACAACAAAGCACUCGAAUAUCACCGCCAUGAUCUCACCCUCACCAGGACUAUCGGAGAUCAGCUGGGAGAGGCUAAAGCCAGCGGGAACCUCGGAAACACAUUAAAGGUUCUGGGCCGCUAUGAUGAAGCAGCAGUUUGUUGCCAAAGACACCUGGACAUUUCCAGGAUGCUCCAUGACAAGGUGGGGCAGGCUCGAGCCCUGUAUAAUUAUGGGAACGUGUACCACGCCAAAGGAAAGAACAUAUGCUGGAGUGGUAUGGACCCUGGAGAUUUUCCGGAGGAGGCGCGUAUUGCUCUAAAGAAAGCGACUGAGUAUUACGAAGCGAAUCUGGUCAUUGUGAAGGAGUUAUGUGACCGAGCGGCACAGGGCAGGACCUAUGGCAACCUUGGCAACUCGCACUAUUUGCUGGGAAAUUUCCAAGAUGCUGUUCUUGCCCAUGAGCAGCGUCUCCUUAUUGCAAAAGAGUUUGGCGACAGGUCUGCGGAGAGGCGAGCGUACUGUAACCUUGGAAAUGCUUACAUUUUCCUCGGGCAGUUUGAGGUCGCAGCUGAACAUUACAAGCGCACAUUGCAGUUGGCCCGGCAGCUGAAGGAUCGGGCUGUUGAAGCACAGGCCUGUUACAGUCUGGGAAACACUUACACUUUACUACAGGACUUUGAGAGAGCUAUAGACUAUCAUCUCAAACAUCUCACCAUAGCUCAAGAUUUAAAAGACAGGAUUGGAGAAGGCCGGGCUUGUUGGAGUCUAGGGAACGCCUACACCGCACUUGGAAACCACGAACAGGCCAUGAGCUGUGCCCAGAAACAUCUGGAGAUCUCGAAAGAGAUCGGUGACCGCAGCGGAGAGCUGACAGCCAGAAUGAACGUAUCGGAUCUCCAGCUGGUUUUGGGUCUCAAACAAAAUAAUUCAAACAUAAACAGCCCGACCUUCAUAGAAAGGAUACCGUCUGACAGCAGUCCACCUGAUGAAAGAUCCAGAGGCAGCAGAAGACUCAGUAUGGAGAACAUGGAACUGAUGAAACUCAGCACUGACAAAAAUAUGUCGGGUGAGGAGAAUACAUCCCCACAGCAGACCAAAACACCAAGUAAAUCAUCCAUAGCCAAGACAUCUUCCAAACUUUUCUUCAUCAAUCGCUUCAGUAAGAAGAAACACAAGCUGAAUGGAUCGAACCCCGAUACGACAGCAGAAAACAACAGUGUUGACACACCAUCACCCAACCUGGACACCCAGCAUGCUCCAGACACACUGGGUGACGACAGCUUUUUUGACCUUCUAACCCGCUUUCAAGGCAGCCGUAUGGAUGACCAGAGGUGCACUUUAGAUGCAAACCGUCCUCCUGACCCCUCCCCUCUCUGUGAAACCCCACCCAUAGCCAUGAGGAAAUCUACUUCCGAGUCCGCAGCGGAUGCCUUGGCACAGCCCGGGCACUUACUAGAUCUGCUGGCGAGUUCACAGAGUCGUCGGCUAGACGAACAGCGUGCCAGCGUGGACAGUCUGCCGGGUCUACGGCUGGACCAGCGACACAGUCAGGAUGUCCUCAGCAAACUCAUGGCCUCUGCAGAUAACAAAGAACCAGAAGAAGACUUCUUUGAAAUGCUAAUAAAGUGCCAGGGAUCCAGGUUAGAUGAUCAGAGAUGUGCUCCUCCACCUCCUCCAUCCAGAGGCCCUACGGUCCCAGACGAAGACUUUUUCAGUCUUAUUCUCCGUUCACAGGCCAAAAGAAUUGAUGAGCAGCGAGUCAUCUUACCCGCAGACCAAUCCUGACUUCUCUUAAGUUGAAGCUGGUAUACCGAAGCACUAUUAGACCAAAUAUGUUUUGGAUCUUAUGGUUUUAUUUGUGAAUCAAUGCCUUUCAACACGUUGGAAAUCGGACACUACGAGAUGUUUCUCUUCCUGCUUAACAUGAAGAAUUUUUGGAGAAGGAGAUGAAUUCAGGAAGUUUACCAUUUGAGUUUAUUUGUAAUAUUGUCUUGGUUUUAUCUCAAGAUUUCCCAUUUUGAACUGGAUUUAAGGAUUUCUUCUGAAUCGGAUCAAAACCGCCGUCUCUUCCUCAGGGAUGUCAUACAACGCACUGAAAUGUGUUUCAUUCACCUGGUUAACUGGACGUAAUUUGGAGACAAUCAGCUGAUAUUGGACAGUAGACUUGAAGUAAUUUUAUAUAUUUUAACACUAAACUCAGUAUCAUUUCCUAAAAACCCUGGUUUUAUUUUGAUCUUUUUUACUUGAAAUAUUUUAUAUUACUGUUUAAUAUCAACCUGUAUUUUACAUUUGAAAUGUUUUGGAUAAGAAAAAUCUGGAAAUUAUAUGUACAGUAUACAUAAACGUGUUUGUUCUGGAAAUGAUAUAAGAAUGAGUUGACAUUAUUGCAUUUGAGUAUUUCAAGUUAAUUGAAAUUCCAAAUGUACAAUUAUUAUUUAUUUUUAAUUUUGUCAUGACCCUCAUUUCGUUUCACACCCGUAAGAUGACCGCAAGGCAUCUUUGUAACAAAAAUUCAGAUAUUUUUGAUGAGAUGGCACAUUAAAAGUUCACAUCUAUGUUUAUAUAUGUCUAUGGCUGACACACAACGCUCGUGUUUAACGUAUACAUUCGCUGGUUUCGUGAAUAUGUGUCAGAGACUAACUUUAUAUAUAAAGUACAUAUAUAUAAAAAUACCAAAAGUAUUAUUGUGAACCACCGAGUCACAUGGACUAUUUAAAGGUCACGUUUUUCAUGAUGCCAUUUUUUUAACUUUAGUUAGUGUGUAAGGUUGCUGUUAGAGCAUAAAUAAUACCUGCAAAAUGAUAAAGUUCAAUCCCAAGCGAUUUUUUUUUACAGGAUUUGCUUUUUAAGUCUACAGCGAAUAGCUGGUUUGGACUACAGCCCUCUACUUCCCUUUUUAAUGACGUCAAUAUAAGAGUUUGUUGACUAAACUCCGCCCACAGAAAUACGUCAGUUGCCAGCUAAGCUCAAACGGCUCUGCUAAGCUAAGCUGCUAUCGAAUCACAACACACUAAACAAACUACACAAUCAGAAGUCAUUACGUAUUUCUGAAGGAGGGACUAACUUGACAUAAACUUGUUUUUAGGACAGUGAAAACAGGGCUAUACAGAAAAGUA